GCUUUGGUUUGACGGUCCCGGCUGAUUCGGAAGCCACCAAUCAAAAGGGAGACCGCGGCCGCCGCCGCGAAAAGCCCCGCAGAUAUUCUUGCUCCGGGUCACCUGCAGCCGAAGCCGCCGCUGUGCCAGCCAUUGCGACAAAAGAGCGCUGGCACCGAGCCGCGGGCUCCAGCCUCACUCGGGACGGCCUCCCGUGUGCUGGGCUUUCUCCGCGUGGGCUCCGCUGAAGCCGCCGGGUGCCGCUCCGGGCUGCUAGCGUGUUUACCGCAGCACACAGAUGUCAUGCCAGCUGUUUUUUUAGAGACCUGUGAGAGUUCUCACACAGGGUCAACGGACUUUGGGCAAUUCUUUCCACCGGUUCAAGACUGAACAGACUUCCUCCUUGAUUGCAGAACAUAUCUGUCUAGCGGCUCCAGCCAAAUUAAUGCUGAUUCCCACCUUGCAAGUGCCCACCGUUAACCCAGUGCUGCUUUUAGGGUCUGGUCUCUGGGGAAGCCAGCGAAAUCAUUCCACGAAGCAGAGCAACAGGAAUGGGCCAGUAUUCCUGCUGGCACCUUCUUCAAGGAUGGCCAUUUCUUUUCUCACCCCUCUUCUUGGCUUCAGAGUUAAGGACAUGGUCAUCCUUGGAGAAGAGGCCAACAGGACCAUUGGCCCAUUCCUGUUGCUCUGCUUCAUGGAAUCAUUGCACUGGGCAUGUUGCUCUGAGAGGGAAUGUGGUAAUUUUGCUGAUAGUACAAAGAAACUCUUGGCUAGUUGGUGGUUGCCGCCGCCCCUUGUAGCGCCUCCUGGCCAACAUGCAACCAGAGGAGUGGCAGAAGGCUCGUCCCUUCCAAGAGUUUCAGAUGCCAGCUCUUCCUCCACAAAAGUGCGUUAUUCUGCUGAGAAGUUGCCCUCUCAGAGGAGGCCUGCGGCUGAAGUCAACAGAGGCCUCUGAAGUCUAUUUGCUUAGCUCACUGGGGCUUCAAGGCCACAGAGGGGAAAAGGCCACAGACAACAGGCUGUGCAAGUGGAUAGUAAUAGAAAAGCACAUGUCAAAUGCCAGUGACAAAAUGAGUCAAUAUUGACUUUGGCUUCAAAGAGGGAUUUGGCGCAGGAGGAGAUGGAGAUGGAAGGGGCUUUCGCCUGCCUGCACUCCCUCCUUUCCUGUGACUCAGCCACUUGCUAUGGAGAGUCUUCUGCUGUCCUGCUCCUCCUACCCAAGGCUUUGGGUGGGUGCCUGGAGCUGCUGAUGGACACAAAUAAGAUUUCUAUUAGUACAGCUUGAUGGGUGGGCAAGAAUGGGUGUGGGGGAGGCAUUAAAGCAGCUAAGGAGGAAUGAAAUGUACUCAUUAAGAAAGCAAGGAUAAAAGAUAGAUAAGGCAGUGUUAGGUGUUGAGGAAAGCCACUACUUUGUUCCUUUACCAUGACCUAUGAAGUAUUUCAAUGAAGUCCAGCCACGUUUGGAUCUGAAAGCAGAAAUCUUCUUGGGAUCUCCUUUUCCUUGCUGAUUUGGGGUUGGGAAAGAGCAAGGACAAGGGAAUCAGAAUCAUCUUGAAGAUGGAACGUGGAGGGGCUGUUCUGAUGAUUGAAAACCCCAACAUAGAAGGAUUGUCCAAAGCAGGAUAGGGAUCCUUACAGAAACCCCCAUAUAUAAUGGGCUUUGUAAUUGUUUAAUAAGCAGAUGGUAUGGUUGGAAGGGAGGAUGAAUCAGGUAGAAAUGAGGAUUUUGCCUGUUGCCAUCUCCACUUAUUUCCCUCCUCUUGCCCCUACCACUUUGGGCCUGGGAACACAACUAUUCACAUUCAGGCAGGUCCUUGGUUCAUCUCCCAGCUAAAGCAAAGGAGCUAGGCUUUGGGGCAAGGUACAUGUGUGGGAUACAGCUGAAAUAAGAGGGCUAGGUGCUACAAGGGGGUUGGGGAGCCUGUCAUCUGUGUUCCUGCCACUGCUUGACACAUGAGUCCUUGCAGAAGCAGCCUCAGAAACAUGUGAAUAAUCUCAUGUGCGUGUUGGAAGAAUGAGCAAAGAUAGCUGUAUGAAGGCCUUGCUAUCCCCUCCAUUAAGCAGAUUCAAGACUGAGCUGUUUUUUGGAUGAGAUUGCGGACAGAUCCUUGGUUGGCCAUGGGGGUGGGGAGGAGCAUGGCUGCCUGUGAGGGUUGCAAGAACUUGUCUGCUGCAGUCUGAAAUUCUGGAGGGAGACCUCCACAAGACUUGAGAAGGGCAGAGAAAUAACAACUGUCCUUGGAGGUUGGUGGAGCACUGAGCAAAAUCUGCCAGAGGCGGAAUGGGAAGACCUGAAGGGGGAGGACAGACAUUAAUGGGGCAACCCGCCAACCCUCCCUUUCUUUUCUUUAUUCUUCAGUGUUGGAUUCUUUUGAUGACCUGGAGACUCUGGCACAUAUUUAUCCGCAGUGUCUACCAAGAUUCACGAAAGAAGAUGUUUGGAGCCAGAUGGAAUCAGAGUUGGGGGUGUCCCUGGGUGGAAAGUACAGCCCUCCACAUCAGCCAAUAGCUGGAGGACUCCAGGCUGACACCCUGUUCUUGACUCUAGGCGGCUGCAGGCUUGCCAUGCAUAAAAGGACUUGUGUUCUAGCACUCUGGUUCUGCCUUGGGUUCAACCACAUUGAAAGCUCCUCUGCUCAUCUUCACCAUCACACUGAGCUGUAGCCACAUCUUUGGGUGUCUCAGGUAAGUCACCAACACCUGGGGUUCCUGAACCAAGAGGCACUACAAGUAACAAUAGAGGAGUAUCUUUGUAGCUCAGGGUUGAAAUGAGGGGUCCUUAGUGCUCUUUGAGCUUGGUUGUUUUCUUGCAGAUGUUUCAUUAGCCAAACUAGGUAACAUCAUCAGUGCUAGCACUGAAAAGUAACAGGUUCAGAGACACCAGUGACCCCCUCUACAAAUAAGUUUAACCAAGGGUCAUUUCAAAAUUCGAGCAGCAUUUGGUGCUCGCUGAACUCUUCCUAACCGUGCCCUCUCUAAUGAAGACUGUUGUGCAUGACCUGGCCUUGUACAGGCACAAUGCCGGAGAACCCCAAAAGGAGAACAAAUGAACAAGAGGACACUGGACAGUGCCAGGACCAAGGAGCUGACCUAUAGUUUCCUGUCUGACUGGCAGCUCCAAAUGGAGUACAAUCUGAGAAUACUGGAUGGUUUAAUAUGCCACAAUUACUCUUUGGAUAAUCGUUUCCUCAGUCAAACUUUUGCAGUUUGUUAGGAAGAUUUUGCCAAUAUUCAAUUCAGAUGUGCCUUCUUGUAACUUGUCUCCAUUAUUCUGUAUUUGUCCUCUAGAACAAGAGAGAAAAGGUCUUGACCUUCUUCUGAAUUCAUUCUUUUGUAAAUUGGGGUGAGGGCUCUUAUAUUGCUCCUCUCCAUCUUGUCUCAGGGUUAAACAUACUUAGGUCCUUUAUGUUCUGUUUUUCUAUUCCCUGGUCACUCUUUUGUCCUUGGAACUGAUUUCAAUUUCCCUGAAACCUCUUACCAUUGCAACUGGGACUGAAGGCAGGGUGUGACUUACACAACUGAAAUGAAGUGGAACAAUUCCUGCUGACACUUUGAAAACUGUAGGAUGCAACCUAAAACAUUUUUGCCCACAGCUGAUACAUACUCCCUUUGCAUAAGAAUAUGGAAAUGUUCUGUGGUUUUUCAUUUAUAUCUUGAUAUUGUGCGAUCUCAUUCUAACAGAUGGAAGAACAAAUUGGUUUCAGGUGCUUUAUCAAAUUUUUUGUAAUGGGUUUUUAUCUCCUGGGUUUGGGAGGGGAGCAGCUGGAUAUGUUGCUUUCCUGACAGCCUUCAGAAUGUGAACUUGGAUCAUCCUGUGCACAAAGGGCCAGCUUUUCACAGGCCAAAGUUCAUACUCCCAGAGUGAGUGAGGAGGGGAAGGAGCAGGAAAGGUUCAAGGAUAGUUCUGCUGUGCUGCAACACCUUUCUCUCCUUGGUUGUGUUGUGGCUGCUAAACUGGUACCUGUACAGGACAUAAGAGGAAGACUCUUACGUAGCAAUUUACGUGCCACCCCGCCCCCACCCUCAUCCCUCUGCUGCCGGGAUCGAUCACUUUGUAGGUUUCGGUAGUCGAUGGCAGGCACAGGGACAGCUUUGGGGUUGGCAUCAGCCUUGUUCUGUGUCCCCUGCAGGCUCUCCCUUCCCGAGAUGGACUCCUGCCUGAUCCAGGUGAACAACAACACCGCCCUGUCCUCUGUCCUAGAUGUCCAUGUCAACCUCAAUGGAAAAAGCCCUUCUUUGCCCAAGGGAAAAGGCCGCAAGCCCCACUGGGCAGUCAGGGCUUCAGAAAUGUCUAGAAGAACUUUCAAUCCCAUUCGAGCCAUUGUGGAUGCCAUGAAAGUGGAGCCCAACCCCAGGAAAGCUCUGAUAUCUUUGUCCAUAGGAGAUCCAACUGUCUUUGGAAACCUUCCUACAGAUGAUGAAGUUACACGGGCCAUGAAAGAAGCACUGGACUCUGGAAAAUACAAUGGCUAUGCCCCAUCUGUGGGUUACCUGUCCUGUCGAGAAGUGGUUGCAAGCUACUACAAUUGUCCAGAAGCACCUCUGAAAGCCCAGGAUGUAAUCCUGACCAGUGGCUGCAGUCAGGCCAUUGAAUUAGCUUUAGCAGUCCUUGCUAAUCCUGGACAGAACAUCCUGGUGCCACGCCCUGGCUUCUCCCUCUACAAAACCUUGGCUCACUCUAUGGGAAUCGAAGUCAAGUUCUACAAUCUCUUGCCAGAAAAGUCCUGGGAAAUUGACCUGAAGCAAAUGGAAUCUCUGGUGGACAACAGGACAGCUUGUCUGAUUGUGAACAACCCAUCCAAUCCCUGUGGCUCUGUUUUCAGCAGAAGUCACCUUCAGAAGAUUCUGACGGUGGCCUCUAGGCAGUGUGUCCCCAUUUUGGCUGAUGAGAUCUAUGCAGAAAUGGUGUUUGAAGACUGCAAAUAUGAGUCCCUUGCAAAGCUUAGCACUAAUGUCCCGAUCCUGUCCUGUGGAGGCCUUGCCAAGAGAUGGUUGGUCCCCGGCUGGAGGAUGGGAUGGAUUCUGAUCCACGACCGCCGGGACAUCUUUGGAGAGGAGAUCAGGGAAGGCCUUCUGAGGCUGAGCCAAAGGAUUUUGGGGCCCUGCACAGCCGUCCAGGGAGCUCUUGGGCAUAUCUUCCAUCGCACAUCCCCUGAAUUCUAUCACAACACUCUCAGCUUCCUCAAGUCCAAUGCUGCCCUUUGCUAUGCUGCCCUCUCCACGGUCUGUGGGCUGAAACCGGUCCGGCCCCAGGGAGCCAUGUACCUGAUGGUGGGGAUCGAGAUGGAGCAUUUCCCAGACUUUGAGAACGAUGUGGAGUUCACAGAGAGGCUCAUUGCAGAGCAGUCAGUCUUCUGUCUACCUGCCACGUGUUUUGAGUACCCCAAUUUCUUCCGUGUGGUGAUCACCGUGCCUGAGGAGAUGAUGAUGGAGGCUUGCCAGCGUAUCCGCUACUUCUGUGAGAAGCACUAUCAAGGGGGAGAGGGGACCCAGGAUCUGGAAUGUGACAAGUAGGCCUGAGCACGUGCACCUGACAUUCUACUCCACCUGCUCUGAGUUUGCUCCCUGAGCAGCCUGACUCGGCACCAUCAUUCUUGUUCUGGACUCUGAACUGCUAGGGCCUGUUUAGAAGUAGGCUGUCAGUGACACUCCUUCCUGCCCAGCGGGCUCAAGAAACUUCUGCAGCAGCCCUGGGCAUGCUUGACAGCUUUCAAUCACCAGCUGAAUGAUUUCUAGAGUCUACGGGAAGCUGCGAGAAGGAACCUGCGUGCCAGCCGCAAGCCAGAGCAGAAAAUACCCAACCCUUCCACAGAAAGAAAGAAACCUCAUCUCUCCUCCACCCCAAAGUACACCUGCAAUCUGUUUUCUUGUACACGGAUUUGAAGUUUAUAAGUUAUUGUAUUUUUUGUAUGAAUAAAUGCAUGUUAAAUGUCUAA